AUGGCCGAACAAACGCCCGUGAAUGGCAGCGUCCCUCCGAGCAACACGGACGCAUCCAAGUCAGUGGCAUCGACAGAGCCGACCAUAGAGAGCUCAAUAGACCACGCGAAACGCGCUUUCGCAUUACGGAAAUACGAGCAGGCUGUUGAUCACUAUGCCACCGCGUUGGAACUCAUGACUGUGAAAUACGGAGAGGAUGGAGCAGAGAUGGCUGAUGUUUACUUGGCAUACGGGAAGGCGUUGCUGGAGAAUGCGAUUCAACAAGCUGGCGUGUUGGGGAAGGAGCAACAGCCUGGAGGAGAUGCGGACGAUGAUAAGGAUGACACCCCCGCAAACAGCAAAGCGUUCCUUUCGUUCUCCGGAGACGCAGAUGAUGCUGUUUAUUUGUUUGCGGAAGCGUCCAAGGCGGCGGCUGAGGCCGAUGCUGGGGGUGGAGGCGCCGACGAGGAGGAAGAGGAGGAGGAAGAUGUAGGAGAGCCUGAGGACGACUUCAAUGCGGCUUGGGAGGUGUUGGACUUGGCUCGGGCUAUCUACGAGAAGCAGAAGGAAGAAGAUGAAGACGAAGAGAUAACGCUCAAGCUUGCAGACACCUAUAUUGCAUUGGGCGAUAUCUCGCUAGAAACAGAGAAAUUCGAACAAGGGAUCUCGGAUUAUACCUCUGGUCUCGCCCUCAAGUCUUCCCUCCUCCCCCUCUCCUCCCGCCAACUCGCCGAAGCCCACUACAAACUCUCCAUGGUCCUCGACCUCACCUCUGGCCGUCUAGCCGACGCCAUCCUCCACGCCCAAAAAGCGCUAGAAUCCGUAGAGGCACGAUUAGCCGAGCUUCAGGCGGGUAUCGACGGAACAUUAGUCGCAGAGCCUGAACCUGAACCUUCAGAAGCUGUGGACAAGAAGGGGAAGGGGAAGGCGACAGGGAUGAGGUUGAAGAGGGAUGAUCUGGUGCAGAAGAUGAGUAAGUCGCAGAUUCAGGCGGAGAAGAAGGAGUUGGAGGAGUUGAAGGGUGAUUUGGCUGCGAAGGUCGAAGAACUCAAAACUUCCCCAAACGAGAUUCACGAGUCUGCGCCAGAGAUGGUCGCUCGCGCUCUGGAUAGCGAGCUGAACAAAACUGGCGGCUCUGGUGCAACAGCAGGAGCACAGGCGGCGGUCGGACAGCUCCCGGUGAAUGAUCUGACGACGAUGGUGAAGAAGAAGAAGAAGCCGGUCGUCGAGCCUGAAGUGGUCACAACUGGAAGCGGAGAGAAACGGAAAGCUGAUGAAGAGAGCGAGUCGCCGAAGGAGAAGAAAGCAAGGCUGGAGGAGCCAUCGUCUUGA